CCAAACAUAUCGCAACAAUUCUCGAUUACAAUUUUCAGCGUCGGCCGCGUUUUAUUGCAGCGAAAUAAUUUAGUUUUCCAAUUUGUGCUUCUUGCGUUUGUUACCAAAACAGAGCUUAAAAAUGUCGAGCAAAUCCCGACGUGCUGGCACCGCCACGCCGCAGCCCGGCAGCACCUCCACCCCACGGGCGCCAUCGGCGGGUCCGCAGCAGCACCACCAGCAGCCGCCGCCGCCCACCCACUCGCAGUCGGCCUCCAGCCCCCUGAGCCCCACCCGCCAUUCGCGCGUGGCCGAGAAGGUGGAGCUGCAGAAUCUCAACGAUCGCCUGGCCACCUACAUUGAUCGAGUGCGCAACCUGGAGACGGAGAACUCCCGCCUCACCAUCGAGGUGCAGACCACCAGGGACACGGUUACACGCGAGACCACCAAUAUCAAGAACAUCUUCGAGGCUGAGCUGCUGGAGACUCGCCGUCUUCUGGACGAAACGGCCCGGGAUCGGGCCCGUGCCGAGAUCGACAUCAAGCGUCUUUGGGAGGAGAAUGAUGAUCUGAAGACUCGGCUGGACAAGAAGACCAAGGAGUGCAGCACCGCUGAGGGCAAUGCCCGCAUGCACGAGUCGCGUGCCAACGAUCUGGGCAACAAAUACAACCAGGCCAACACUGAUCGCAAGAAAAUCGGUGAAGAGCUUAACGAGGCACUCAAGGACCUGGAGCGUCUGCGCAAGCAGUUCGACGAGACACGCAAGAACCUGGAGCAGGAGACACUGUCGCGCGUCGACCUCGAGAACACCAUCCAGAGCCUGCGCGAGGAGCUCUCCUUCAAGGAUCAGAUCCACUCGCAGGAGAUCAACGAGUCGCGCCGCAUCCGCCAGACGGAGUACAGCGAGAUCGACGGACGCCUGAGCUCCGAAUACGAUGCCAAGUUAAAACAAUCGCUGCAGGAGCUGCGCAACCAGUACGAGGAGCAGAUGCGCAUUAAUCGCGACGACAUCGAGAACCUGUACGAGGACAAAAUCCGUCGCCUCCAAGAAGCCGCUGCACGCACAAGCAACUCCACGCACAAGUCCAUCGAAGAGUUGCGCUCGACUCGUGUCCGCAUCGAUGGCCUCAACGCCAAGAUCAACGAUUUGGAGCAGACCAAUGCCGUACUCAAUGCGCGCAUCCGGGAGUUGGAGCUCCAGUUGGAUAACGAUCGCGAGCGCCACGGCCAAGAGGUGGCCCUGCUCGACAGGGAGCUUGCUCGCCUGCGCGAAGAGAUGACCCAGCAGCUGCAGGAGUACCAGGACCUCAUGGACAUCAAGGUCUCCCUGGACUUGGAAAUUGCGGCGUACGACAAGCUGCUGGUCGGCGAGGAGGCGCGUUUGAACAUUACGCCGGCUGCCAACACGGCCACCGUUCAGUCUUUCAGCCAGUCGCUUCGUAGCUCAACCCGUGCUACGCCCUCACGUCAUACGCCCUCCGGCGCAGCGAAGCGCAAGCGCAACGUGGUCGAUGAGACCGAGGACCGCAGCGUCUCCGACUAUUACGUGUCGGCCACGGCCAAGGGCAACGUGGAGAUCAAGGAGAUCGAUCCCGAGGGCAAGUUCGUGAGGCUCUACAACAAGGGAAGCGAGGAGGUGGCCAUCGGCGGCUGGCAGCUGCAGCGUCUGAUCAACGAGAGCGGUCCAUCGACCACCUACAAGUUCCAUCGCUCCGUAAAGAUCGAGCCGAAUGCCACGGUGACCGUCUGGUCGGCGGACACCAAGGCCUCGCACGAGCCGCCAUCGAGUUUGGUGAUGAAGUCGCAGAAGUGGGUCGCUGCCGACAACACAAGGACGGUUCUGUUGAACGCCGAGGGCGAGUCUGUGGCCAGUUUGGAUCGCUUCAAGCGCGUGGUGUCCCAACACCUCUCCACCCGUCGCCGUCGCAGCGUGAGUGCCGUGGAUGGCAACGAGCAGCUGUAUCACCAGCAGGGCGAUCCUCAGCAGUCCGGCGAGAAGUGCGCUAUUAUGUAAAGCCACACAAGCACACACACACACAAAAAUCUUUUCUGAACCAGACACACACAACAAUAAGAAAAAACGGAAAGCAUAAAUAACAGCCCAACACAGAAACGCAGAGGUACACAGAUUUAUUUAACCAGCUAGCUAAGUUAUUUUUGUGGCUGAAACGCCAGUAAUUUAAUCAAAAAUCAUUUGUUUAGAUCUGCUUAAGCAGUUAAGCGAUAAUCUUCGUUUGUCUACUUUUGAAAACUGUUCUCAUUUCCACUUACUCCACGAUAACUUUUUAGUUUAUUGUUUCAAUGACAACUUUUUUUGUCCACGUUUCGUCUUUCCACGUAAUCAAUCUAUUGUAAACUUUAUUUGGUAUAAUGCGGACAUUUUGUAAUACGUUUAUGCCACAUAGAAUUUACAAAACCACCUGCUCUUUUUGUAUUUGUGCCGACAAGAACUUCGAAAAUAUUGCAGAGAAACAAUAUUUUCGAUGGACUUGAGCACUUCUCCCUCUUCUUAAGUAAAUAGCUUUUAAGUAAUACCCCAGAUUAACAAACCAUAAACUACAAAAACAACGAGCAAACAACAAGUGAGGGAAGAUUAUACAUAGAUACAGGUCAAGAGAACUAACUAAAAGAUGCUCCUGACAACAGACUUAUUUAUUUAAGUAUUUUUUGUACAAUCAGCAUAAAAUACAAUAUACAUUAUAUAUAGAAACAUGCCUACGGAAAUGACAAGAAGCCAGCAAUAUAUAUUUUUUAUCCAUGGCCAUAGGGUUUACGAUGAUCCCCAACCCCCAAACUGCUUUCACCCGGUUGUAACCGGUUUUUGAGCUUCCUGCAGACAUUUUACCGAACAGACAACAAUAACAACAAACACAGCAACAAAAAGUAUGUACAACAAUUAAAAAAAAAAAGAAACAGAGAAGAUCAUCUAGCGGCUCAACGAUCCGUUGCUUUUUUUAUGGGUGGGCGUGGUCGCGUUUUACGUCGGCCAAAGAAAAAUAACGCCCACACAAACUAUUAUACACAAACCGAUGAAAAUACGAAACUAAAUUUUAAGUACAUCUACGUUUAUGUAUGUAAUUGAUAAUAAAAAAAAAAUAAAGAAACCAUGUUUAAUAAAAAAAAUUAA